GAGUAUACACACAGAGUUGACAGAGUGCAGUGCUGUCUGGGUCCGGGCAGACAUGUUCGGGCAGCCGGGACAGACAGUUGUCUCCCGACGGCGCACCAUGUCGGCCGGACGUCGGGCCGCUCUGCUGCUGACGCUGGCGGCCCUCGGCAGCCAGGCGCGCAUCCAGCGGCGCUGUUUCUCGCAGGGUCUGGAGCGCUACUUCCAGGAGGGUUCCCAGUGGACAGAGCCGACCUGCCGGCGCGGCCGCUGCCUGCGCGGCAGGGUGGUGCUGGACGACUGCCCGCCUCUGGUCGAUCCGCUGCCGCCCGACUGCCACCCCGCCGCCGGCCAGAGCGACGCGCCCUUCCCCGACUGCUGCCCCCAACUCGAGUGUCACCAGCCCGACCAGACCUGCUAUGUGGAGGAACUCGAUCGACACGUAUCCGUCGGGGAGACCUGGACGCUGCCCGGGUGCGGCCAGGGCACAUGCAGGGAGGGAGGGGCCGUCUCCGGUAAGGGAUGCGGCCUGGUUGGGAUUCCUCCCGGCUAUCCCUGCUCCCUGAACGACGGUGAUGACAGUUUGGAGUAUCCCGAGUGUUGUCCAAGAGUCACAUGCCCUGAGUGUUACUCCGAGAUCCUCGACCGCUUCUUCGGGCCUGGAGAUACCUGGACAGGCCCAGGCUGCACAAAGGUGAAGUGUGGGGUGGACAGUGCGACCAACACGGUAGUUCUCAGCGCUGUGCCGUGCCCGCUGGAGGCCCCUCCGUUCCCGGAUUGCGAGCUGGUCGACGGACCGACGUCGGCAGAGUACCCCGCCUGCUGCCCCACACUGCGCUGUCCAGACCGCUGCUUCUCCGAGAGUCUGGGCCGCUGGUUCUCCAAGGGCGACGAGUGGACCGAGGAGGGCUGCACCCGAGCCCGCUGUGUGGACACUGACCAGGUGGCCUUGCUGCCAUGUGGACUGGUGGCCGCCGACGGGCCCAACUGUCGUGUGGUACCCGGCAACGCCUCGGCCGACUACCCCGCCUGCUGCGUCUCUGUCGAGUGCGAGAUCGACAGGCCCUGCUAUGUGGAGGAGCUCGAUCGACAUUUUGCCGUCGGGGAGACCUGGACGCUGCCCGGGUGUGGUCAGGCCACCUGUGAACAGGGAGGGGCUGUCUCCGGUAAAGGAUGCGGUCUGAUUGGGAUUCCUCCCGGCUAUCCCUGCUCCCUGAACGACGGUGAUGACAGUUUGGAGUACCCCGAGUGUUGUCCAAGAGUCACAUGCCCUGAGUGCUACUCCGAGAUCCUCGACCGCUUCUUCGGGCCUGGAGAUACCUGGACAGGCCCAGGCUGCACAAAGGUCAAGUGUGGGGUGGACAGUGCGACCAACACGGUAGUUCUCAGCGCUGUGCCGUGCCCGCUGGCGGCCCCUCCGUUCCCGGACUGCGAGCUGGUCGACGGACCGACGUCGGCAGAGUACCCCGCCUGCUGCCCCACACUGCGCUGUCCAGACCGCUGUUUCUCCGAGAGUUUGGGCCGCUGGUUCUCCAAGGGCGACGAGUGGACCGAGGAGGGCUGCACCCGAGCCCGCUGUGUGGACACUGACCAGGUGGUCUUGCUGCCAUGUGGACUGGUGGCCGCCGACGGGCCCAACUGUCGUGUGGUACCCGGCAACGCCUCGGCCGACUACCCCGCCUGCUGCGUCUCUGUCGAGUGCGAGACCGACAGGCCCUGCUAUGUGGAGGAGCUCGAUCGACACUUUGCCGUCGGGGAGACCUGGACGCUGCCCGGGUGUGGUCAGGCCACCUGUGAACAGGGAGGGGCUAUAUCCGGUAAAGGAUGCGGUCUGAUUAGAAUUCCUCCCGGCUACCCCUGCUCUGUUGAUGACGGUGAUGACAGUUUGGAGUACCCCGAGUGUUGUCCGAAGGUCACUUGCCGAGAGUGCCACUCCAAAGCCCUCGACCGUUUCUUCGCUCCCGGGAAAACGUGGACGGAACCUGGCUGCAUCAAGACUAAAUGUACCUUGGACGAGCGUGGGUCAGCGACAAUGAGCGCUGUGCCGUGCCCGCUGGCGGCUCCUCCGUUCCCGGACUGCGAGCUGGUCGACGGACCGACGUCGGCAGAGUACCCCGCCUGCUGUCCCACACUGCGCUGUCCAGACCGCUGCUUCUCCGAGAGUCUGGGCCGCUGGUUCUCCAAGGGCGACGAGUGGACCGAGGAGGGCUGCAUCCGAGCGUUCUGCACCGGCACUGACCAGAUCAGCAUGCUGCCGUGCGGACUCCGGGCUCUGCCGAGGCCCGACUGUGAGCUGGUCUCUCCAUCCGCCGGCGCCGAGUACCCCCAGUGCUGCCCGGUACCGCGCUGCCCGGGCGCCUGCUUCUCGCGCGGCCUGCAGAAACUGUUCGAGAUCGGCAGCUCGUGGACCGACCCCGGCUGCAGGCACCUGGUCUGCAUCGGCACCGAUAUGGUGGUCAACGACGAGCAAUGCGAACUCGACUGGAUCCCCUCCGGCUGCGACGUGGUCGACGGCAAGGGCGACACGUUCCCAGGCUGCUGCCCCACUAUAGAGUGUCCCGAUCCGUAUUAGACGACGCUGCCCCAUUGCUGAGUGUGACAAUGCGUAGACACCAGACGACGCUGGACUACGGAGUGUGACCAUCCGCUAAUCAUUGUUAAAUGCACGAAUGAUGCUUCUUUCUGUCUUUUAUGUUAUGCUUUGCAGCAAACAGGCCCGACAGGCCCGACUGUGAGCCGGUCCCGUAGCUCAGUUGGUAGAGCGUUGGACUCCGCGUGGUGAGAGCACGCGUUCCCGGUUAUAACAGUCCGGGUUCGAAGCGCGACGGGCGCUUGACAUUUAUGGGCCUCCUGACAGGUAUGGUUGCGGUUGGUGGCAGGCCGAAGCCAGGCGAAGUCAGUGAGGGGACCGGCCGUGCGCGGCUAUGUGCGUACGUUAAACUUUGGAUUCUAAAUUCUGCCAUAGGACUGGAAUUGCGCGAUCGGAGGGUAGAGGGCAGUGUCACCGCAACAAGCUUCGCUUAGCGGUGGCUCUGUCCUUGUGAAUCCUUCCUAUCAAAAGGUUCGGACUAAAUUUAUAAAAAACAAAAACAAAAUGCAGUGCAUUCUGGAUGAAAUGAAAAUAUAUUCCUUUCAUCGUUUUAUUACUGGCAUGAAGGAAUUUGAUCGGAGGUCGAAAAACGGGCCUUGGCCCUUGAUGCACUUAAACUGUACGAGUAUGUUGCAACGCACAGUGUCAAUCAGAGGAAAGGGAAGGCAAAGCAUGAACCCGUUUUUAUUGAAAAAAAAACGUUCCCUGUGGAAAGCAUAUUUGAACAAUAAAUAUAUCAGCAAGGCUAUAUGUGUUUUAGGUAGGUACACACCGCGCAUUGUUUUGGUAUCGUUAUCUAUCCGACUAAAACAGUGCUUCAACGGUUCAGACGAAAAUGUGCCGGUACGAAAAUGUCGCCAGUACGGUCGGUAUGGUGAUGACGUCACAUCACCAUACCGACUGUAUUCCAUCAGGGAUAAGUGUCACAAAAAGCAUCAUUUGAUUUUUGAGUUAAACAUAGUUUUCAGAGAAAAAGUGCUUUUCAUAGUAUGUUGAGUUUUCACUAAGCCUUAUGGCAAGCAAUAUGCUGCCAGCGUUCAGCGCGCCAUGACAGCACAUGACGCCAGCACUCAGUGCAACUGAUACUAGUGCGACAUUGCGCAGAUGUUGCGGCAUUGUUCCUUGGCGGAUGGUCUGUCUGCCGUGUGUCUGCACCAAUCGAGCUGUCACCGACCCGGACGACUGGAACACUUGUGCUGCACCGCUUCAUCACGAUACCGAGUGGCGUCUGUCCAGCUCCUCUGGCCCCUGAGUGGCAUCCACAGGCGCGAGUGGCAUCCACAGGCGCUUGUCACACCACGCCCGUCUCCAGAGAGUGACGAGCGCGUCAUCGGCGGCAACGAGUUGGCGUCAGUCGGACCAUCUGUGCGCGUGCCCGGGCGGUAUAAAAGCCGCACUCUGCGGAACAUCAGCACGACAGCAACAUGUUCCGCCUGGUGCUCUCCUGUCUGCUGCUGGGCGCCGGCCUCGCCAAGCCGUCGCCGGGUGCGGUCUCUGGCAAAGUCCCGGAGAUCUCUCCACGUGAGCCGAGCUACGAGGCACAGCCGCUGCCGAGGGGAAAUGGCGAAGCGAGGACCAUGUACACACUAGAUCCUGGCACUUACUCCCUCAAAUCUCCCAACUAUCCCUACAGAUACCCAAACAAUGCCUACAAGACCUACACGGUGCGGGGAAACGACAAUCAGAUAAUCUCUAUCUCUUGCGAGAAUUUCAACAUCGAGAGCGCUAUCUCCUGCCAGUACGACUACCUCUCCGUCAACGGCCAGCGCUUCUGCGGCUCCACCGGGCCCAACUUGAGCGGCACUGUCCUGGAUAUCGUCUUCAAAUCGGAUGAGGACGUCAGGAGGACGGGUUACAAGUGUACCAUCACAGUGCCGACAGGCAGCGGUAGCGGCAGCACGGCGGCCACCACCGAGGGCACCACCGCGGCCACCGGCAGCCCCUCCGGCGACCAGUGCUGCGGCGUCGCCAACCGCGCCUCCCGCAUCGUCGGCGGCGUGCAGACCGAGGUCAACGAGUACCCGUGGCAGGCGGGUCUGGUCAGCACGGGCAGCACCCGCACCUGGUGCGGCGGCACCGUCAUCAACAACCGCUACGUGCUGACGGCGGCACACUGCACCGCCGACCUGCAGUCGGCCAGCGAAAUCCAGGUCCUGCUGCGUGAGCACCGCAUCGGCACCUCGGACGGCGAGAUGCGCUACAACGUGGCGCAGAUCAUCAACCACCCGUCUUACACGGACGCCUACGAGUCCGGCUACGACUUCUCGCUGCUGAAGCUGUCGUCCACCAUCGACUUCUCGUCACUGGACAACAAGGUGGCCCCGGCGUGCCUGCCGACCGGCGGAGAGUUCGCCAACGUGAGCGCCAUCGUCAGCGGCUGGGGAACCACCUCUUCGGGCGGCUCUCAGGCCACCGUGCUGCGGGAGGUCACCGUGCAGACCAUGACCAACGACCAGUGCCGCCGGGAGUACGGUCGGCUCGGCUACACCAUCAACAGCAGCAUGCUGUGCGCCGGUGACGAUGACGGCGGCAAGGACUCCUGCCAGGGCGACAGCGGCGGCCCGCUGGUGACCGACGUCAGCGGACGCUACACGCUCAUUGGCGUGGUGUCGUGGGGCUACGGCUGCGGCGACGUCGGUUUCCCGGGCGUCUACGCGCGCGUGACCGAGGUCACCAGCUGGAUCCAGCAGAAAACCGCCGAUGCCAGCCUCUGCUAAUCACCUCUUAUAGGAAAUGACCUGCUAAUGACCUGAAUCAAGGACCUUCUAUGGAUGAUUGGCGCUUUAGGGUUUUCUAUCGUUCAGACAGUUUUGGCGUCACUUCUAAACAUUACUUUUUACUUCUGAGUGGGGUCCCUUCUAAUAUAGUUUGCGGGAAACCUUGGUUGAAAUAAAUUAUGUGUUAUACAAUGAA